ACUGAAAUUGAAGUACUGUAAUGUUUGGCUCUUUGUAUCUUACUUGAUGUUUGGUGGCACCAUCAGACUUAUUAUUGCGCUUACAACCUCAAAGUCAGGAAGUAAAAAAAAAACAGUUGAAGUCUGCGUGGAGCCCAAUCCGAGUAUUGGAAAACGGCCCAGGGUAGCAAUGUCCCCACAGCGUGCUGAGAAUGGACGCGAACCUUGAGGCGUCAUGACGCGUCGACGAGAUCGAGAUAGCCGAGAGCGAAGCCGGUUUCAAGCAUAUCACACUGAUGAACAUCCAGAGAUCAGGUGGCAACCAUGAGGAGGUUGGGGUCAGAGUUUGAAUAAUUGGCAGAAGGGAGCCCUAGCUGGCAGGGUAGUGUGAGCUCCCGCCCCUCAGACACCAGAGAAUUCCCUGGCAAUUACCCAGGAUAGACCCCACGUCACAGCCGGUCUGGACUACCCAGUGGUGGGCAUGAAGAUCACAUUCCGGGAUGGGGAAGCUGAGAAGAGCUGCCAGGGGGAGGUGUGCAAUGAUAGACUAGCUGAGCCGGCUGAACUGUUCUUUGUCCACCUGCUAGAGCCCACAGGAGGGGUACGCAUUGCCAAGGACUAAAGCGACGGGUGGACUGAAGAAAUAUGUAGGACCAGUGAUCAAUAUAGUUUUGCAUCUUGUUUGAUGAGAUCAAUAGAUGGAGUUUUGGAGUAAAAUAUAUUAAAAGUGAAAGAAUUUAGUACCAAUUGUGUAAUUAUCAGGCUUUAUAUCUGGUCUUAUGACGUAAGCAUAUGUAGGCAUUGCUUGUAAACGAGACACAGCUUCUCAACGUAACAGAGGAGAGUUGUUUAUCUCCUUUUGAGGCCUGGAACAGGCUAGAGGUCAUCCAGUCAAUGAUAUCACCGCUACAAAUAGACUCUCUAGGGAAAGCCCUCUCCAACAGUACCAAACUUUACACACACUACAGUCGAACUGCUCGAAAACGCGCUCGGAAUAUGGACAAAAUUUCGUCAUGUAAAAGAAUGUUCCAGUGUGUUUGCUGGAGCCGUCACGCCACAUAAACCCUGUUGAUGAACUCUGCACAGCCAGGAGUGCAUACGAGCUGGUGGAAUCCUUCAGCUUGUGUGCCUUCAUCCUUGUGACAGACCUGCAUUGUGAGACAACGGACCUCCAGACACUGUCCUGCAAUCAUGCUGUGGCGGAUACAGGCCGAUGGUCUCGGGGUAGAAUCAACGGCCACAACUUCCAGGAAAAGUAACACCGACAGAGGAAAUUGAGUGAAAUUUUAACGAAACCCCUAACUAUUAGUAUGAAUGGAUUAUCGACUAACGCCAGUGGUUAUCAUUGUCUGUUAUGUGAUAUCUGUGUCAUUUUUUCAGCUGUCGUUUUGCUUUUUCUAUUUAUGAGCUGAACUGCAAACUGAUUUUAAUAUGGUUUGGCUUGUGAGAGAAUUGCUAUGGGCUGGUUCUCUUCUCUCAAUAACCAGGUAUUGAUGUGCUUUGUUAAUAUGAUCUGGCAUUCCUAAAAGUUUUACUGACAUUCUAGUUGAAUGGCCAACAUAAUUUUGGGAAGAAAAACUCACCUGAUUAUAUUUUGUGCUCAUAUUUUUCGCUCAGGUUUUAUUGGUAGCCAUCAAAGGGGCAGAGUAGAAUUUCACCAGGGUGUCCAGCCUGGUCACUUACCACAUGUAAGGCGACAAUGCCCAGGUGACCCCCCUCGGAGCCAGGUAUUGAUAGUCAUCUUCAAUGGACCCACAGAGCGCUGGAGAACCAACGACUGCCAAGUCCUGAUUGAUCAGGGUAUCUAUGUGGAGUGUUCAUGCACUCACUUGUCUGACAAUGCAGCCCAAGGCGAGACAGAUAACCUUGUUGGUUACAACGUCUACAUCUAUGCAUUUUGUUUCAUCUGCAUUUUGGGCCUGCUGUGUGCCAUCAUUGCUCACAUCGUCUGCUCAGUCUUCUCCAUGUUCUCGGCCAAGCUUCUCAUGCAUAUGUGCAUGGCCGCCAUGUCACUCCAGAUCAUCUUUGGCAUCUCAGCGUAUGUGAGUAGCUCUGUCUCUGCACCCUCCUGUGUUGCCCUAAGGGUGCUGAUCCACUUUUUCUUCCUGGCACAGUUCACUUGGAUGGUCUUACAGGCGUUCUAUUUGUGGAAGGUUUUUGUGAUCAACGAUGAGCACACCGACAGAUACUACAUUCUGUUUAUUGUCAUUGGUCGGCUGGUGUGAGUAGCUUCAUCCUUUAUCCUGUCUCAACCAAUCAGCCCACCCACCAGCCACUCAUCUUGUGAACCAAUCAGCCUACCCACCAGCCACUCAUCUUGUGAACCAAUCAGCCCACCCACCAGCCAGUCAUCUUGUGAACCAAUCAGCCUGCCCACCAGUCAGUCAUCUUGAGAACCAAUUCAGCCCACCCACCAGCCAGUCAUCCUGUGAAGCAAUCAGCCUACCAACCAGCCAGUCAUCUUGUAAACUAAUCAGCCUACCAACCAGUCAGUCAUCUUGAGAACCAAUUCAGCCCACCCACCAGCCAGGCACCAGCCCAACUAGCUCCAGGUACCCUGUCUCUGAGGUGAUCUGAUCUGACUAGGGUUGCAAUGAUCCCCAUGUGUGCUGAUAUCGAGACAUCGACAGCCGAGAGCAAAGAUCGUAUAGCGCUGAGUGAAGCCACAUUCAAGCAUGUCGACACACUGAACAUCCGGAGACUUGGUAGGAGCAGGUAGGCUCAAGAUGUUAACCCACCAUACUGUACAUGUAUCCGCCCCUCAUCAUGCAGGCCUCCUAUUGCUACAUGUACACCAUGGAGGAUCCCUCCAUGUGUAUACUCUCUUCCCGAUUUCGCUGCCAUAUUCAGAUAAUUGUUUUUCAUGCUAGGCCUACAUAUGACAUUUUCUGACACUGGUCAGUUUUGUAAAAUUUGGACAAGGCCUAGUUUGGAAAGAUUCAACUCUGUUUGUUUACUGGACUGUGGCAGCUACCAGACCUAAAGAUCUCUCAAAGAAGUCUAGAUCUUUUAGUCUGGAAACCAGAUUAAAGUUGGACAUGUGAUUUUAAUCAUUCAUAAAAAUUGUUCAUUGAAGAGUACCAAUAAAUUGUCUAAGCCUAAGCGCUUUUCGUCAUAGGAAGGAGUGCUGAUUUCUAUUUACAUGAUU